AUGGAUGGUCAGUCCGAGAAGACUAUUCGGGUGUUAGAGGAUAUGUUGCGAGCUUGUGUGAUUGAUUUUGGUGGUCAUUGGAACCAGUUCUUGCCCUUGGUAGAGUUUUCUUACAACAACAGUUAUCACUUGAAUAUUGACAUGACUCCAUUUGAGGCUUCGUAUGGUAGGAGAUGUCGUUCUCCGAUUGGUUGGUUCGAUGCAUUUGAGGUGAGCCCUUGGGGUACUGAUUUGUUGAGGGAGUCCUUAGAUAAACUGAAGUUGAUUCAAAAGAAGCUCCUUGAGGCUAAGACUAGGAAAACGAGUAUGCGGAUUGGAAGAUUCGUCAUCUGGAACAUGGUUGGUGACCAGAAAUACUAUUCAGAUAGGUCUUAUAUCAUCUAUUGGGACUCGGUGCUAUUUGAUCAGAAUCUGUCCUUUGAAGAAGAGCCGGUAGCAAUCUUGGAUCAGCAGUUAGACCUCUCCGCAAUGUCUGCAAAAGCCCAUCACACAGUUCACUCUCGGAUGCUUCUUGGAGAGAAGGCGAGAAUUCUAGAGGACGAGGAUGAUAACACGGUUGACCUCAUAGUGGCUAAUGAAGAGGCAGGUGAUGAAGGAGAGUCUUAUGCUCGUGACGAUGUUGAUGCAGAGGAAGAUGAUGAGGAGGACGAGGAAGAAUCUGAUCCGUCUAAUGGCGAGGAUGGAGAUGGCACCUCUGGUGAUGAGUAG